GUGUCCAAACACAGAGAAAAACUCCUGCUGAAGCGACUGAUCUCCACAGUUAUAAAGAUGGCGUUUAUUAAAGAGGAGAGUGAAGAUGUGAAGAUUGAAGAAACAUUCAGGGUCAAACAGGAAGAUCUGCAGGAACAAACAGACCUGAUGGUGCUGAAAGAAGAGACUCAUCAAUGGAACGAAGUGAAAGAGAAACCCCAAGAAAUAACGACUGAUGAAAAACUCACACAGACUAAAAAGACUUCAUCACACAGAAGACCAUGGAAAUCUAAAUCUAGGUGUAAAACCUACAUGAGAAUUCCCACUGGAAAGUUCACAUGCCAAGAGUGUGGAAAAAGCUUCUGUCAUGCAGGACACUUCGCAGCGCACAUGAGAGUUCACACUGGGGAGAGGCCGUACAUGUGCCAACAGUGUGGAAAAAGCUUCUAUCAUGCAGGAAACUUGGCAGCGCACAUGAGAAUUCACACUGGGGAGAAGCCUUACUCUUGCCCUCAGUGUGGAAAGAGUUUUAAUCUAAAUGGCACCCUUGAAGUCCACAUGAGAACACACACUGGAGAGAGAAGUUUUACUUGCACACAGUGUGGGAAAAGUUUUUCUCAAAAACAAAACCUUCACACCCACAUGAGGAUUCACACUGGAGAAAAACCUUACACAUGCACAGAGUGUGGUAAAAGUUUCCCAUAUAAAAGCUCACUCAAACACCACAUGAUAAGUCACGCCAGAGAGAAGCCGUUUGCAUGUGCUCAGUGUGGAAAGAGCUUCACAUCCAAAUCUAGCCUUAUGAACCACAUGAAUGGACACACUGGAACUAUAGUGUUCACAUGUGAUCAGUGUGGAAAGAGUCUCACACAUAAAGACUCCAUUAAGAGCCACAUAAUGACUCACUCAGGAGAGGAUCGUUUUAGAUGCAGUGAGUGUGGAAAGGGCUUUAAACAUAAAAGAAGCCUCAGCACUCACAUGAAGCUUCACAAUGGAGAUCAGAGUCCUCAAAAAUGAGGUCUUGUCCACACAAACUGGGGUAUGUUUAAAACAGCAGCUUGUUCAUUUAGUUUGGCUGUUCAUUUACGAGAAGUUUAAUUAUAAACUACUUUCGAGAGGAUCACAUGCUUAUGAUGGUCCUGCAUUAGCUAACACAUGAUUCACCAAUCAGAUGAAUCCUUACUCACUGUAAAUUCCCAGAGUUUUUACCUCAGUUACCUUCGUCUUGAAGAAGCACCUUUCGCAAUUACAGCCUCGAGUCUUUUUGAAUCCAAUGCCACAAGCUUGGCACACCUGUCUUUGAAAAUUUCGCCCAUUCCUCUUUGCAGUACCUGUCAAGCUCUAUCAGGUUGGAUGGGAAUUGACGGUGUACAGCCAUUUUCAGAUCUCUCCAGAGAUGUGCAAUAGGAUUUAGAUCCGGGCUCUGGCAGGGCCACUCAAGGACAUUCACUGAGUUGUCGUGAAGCCACUCCAUUAGCCGCAUUUCCACUGUCAGGCCAGUGCAAGCCAGGGCUUUUAUUGGGCCGAGCCGGGCCAAUCGCCCAGAAGGUAGAGCAGUGAGGCCGAAAUCAUGUUGAGUUUCCACUGUCAGGCAAGUAGCUUGCAGCGCUUCAUGCAAGUCCCACCCCCAGAAAACAAGCAAACGACACGAUACUGUACAGCAGUACAUUAUAUGUCUAUACUGUGUGUUAUUAUUCAUCAUAUUCAUUUACUCACCGACCGACUGUUGGCAUUGAAAAAUCGAGUGGUCUCGCCAGCGCAUGGAGCGCACCAUACAUAAUAUAACACCACAGAAAUUCUCUGUUAAUAACUCGGUAGAAAAUGUAGUUUAUAAAAUCCUUAUUUAGAUAUACGCUGUCAAACAUUCAGCCCAAAUGCUCCAGAGAGCCCUGAAACAUUCAGUUUUCCCUAUAGGCUAUAUGACACUUAAUAGGUGAUUCCCCUUUAUUUUAGGAUGUUGCAUAUUAUUCUGUGAUCUUAAGUAAAGGAACGUGUUAAGUAUUUCAGCACAUAAGAGCAAGUAAUAAAAUAUAGCCUAUAGUUUGUUGCGCUCAGCAGCUUUUCACUAA